AUGGCAUCAGUAACGGUACGGCGGUUCCGCCCCGCAACAAUCGCGGCCACCGUCGCGGCAGGGGGCAUUGGUCUGGGCAUCUUCUCCAAGAUGAUGAUCGGGAACGCAGCGGCGGAAUCAGGGGCGCCGCCAAAGGUGUUUGGAGCUGGCCCGGCUUUUGUGUCGCUGCCGUUGGAGAGCUCUGAGCAGGUGAAUCACAACACGAAGAGGCUGCGGUUCAAGCUGCCGCAGAGGGAUGCUGUAAGCGGGCUGUCAUUAACAUCUGCCGUCUUGACAAUGUCAUGGCCAGAAGGACGAUGGUUCCCCGUCGCGAGGCCAUACACGCCCGUCCAACCACUAGACGACGCCGGCUACCUCGAGCUCAUGGUCAAGAAGUACCCCGACGGCAAGCAGAGCACGCACCUGCACUCCCUCGCGCCGGGCCAGAAGCUGCUCUUCGCGGCCACGCUCAAGGGCCACCAGUGGAAGCCCAACAGCUACCCGCACGUGACGCUCAUUGCCGGCGGCGCGGGCAUCACGCCCAUCUACCAGCUCGCGCAGGGCAUCCUGCGCAACCCGCAGGACAAGACGGCCAUCACGCUCGUCUUCGGCGUCAACUCGGACCAGGACGUGCUCCUGAAGAAGGAGUUUGAGGAGUUCGAGAAGGAGUUCCCGGGGCGCUUCAGGGCGGUGUACACGGUCAGCAACCCUGUGGCCGGGUCGCCGUAUCGCAAGGGCUAUGUGACGAAGCAGCUGCUGGAGGAGGUCGCGCCGGUGCCGAAGACGGCGGAGACCAAGGUGUUUGUGUGCGGGCCGCCGGCGAUGGAGGCGGCGCUGGUCGGGAAGAGGACCGCGCCUGGGAUUCUGCAGGAGCUGGGGUAUCGCAAGGACCAGAUUCACCAGUUCUAG